UUUUGUCCGCUCACUUUGUUGAUUGGGUUUUAGCGAGCUGUACUGGAGCCAAUCAGAGGGAAACCGGACAGUGAAGAUACGAAGGACUGAAAGAAUAAAUAAAGGCAUGGAGCAGUACACCACUGCCACCACUACCACUGGAGAGCAGAUUGUUGUGCAGACUGCAAACGGGCAGAUCCAACAGCAGACGCAGGGCACAUUGACCGCUGUGCAGCUGCAAACAGAGGCGCCAGGUCAGCAGGUGCAGACACUCCAGGUAGUCCAGGGACAGCCCUUGAUGGUUCAGGUGAGCGGUGGACAGCUCAUCACAUCUUCAGGGCAGCCCAUCAUGGUGCAGGCCAUGUCAGGGGGUCAGGGUCAAACUAUAAUGCAGGUUCCUGUGUCUGGAGCUCAAGGUCUACAACAGAUCCAGCUGGUGCAGCCUGGUCAGAUACAGCUGCAAGGAGGCCAGACUCUCCAGCUCCAGGGUCAGCAGGGUCAACCCCAGCAGAUCAUCAUCCAGCAGCCCCAGACAGCUAUCACCGCCGGACAGAACCAGGGACAGCAAAUCAGUGUCCAAGGCCAACAGGUUGCUCAGACAGCAGAUGGACAGACUAUUGUUUACCAGCCUGUCAAUGCAGAUGGGUCUGUCCUGCAGCAAGGAAUGAUCACGAUUCCUGCUGCUAGCUUGGCAGGUGCUCAGAUCGUACAGGCAGGGAACACCAACACUAACACCACCAGCAGCGGCGGCCAAGGCACUGUGACCGUCACCCUGCCUGUCUCCGGCAACAUGGUCAAUGCAGGUGGAAUGGUCAUGAUGGUGCCUGGAGGAGGUGGAGUUUCAACGAUGCAGCGUAUCCCCCUGCCAGGCGCCGAAAUGCUUGAGGAGGAGCCCCUGUAUGUCAAUGCUAAACAGUACCACCGCAUCCUGAAGAGAAGACAGGCCCGAGCCAAGCUGGAAGCUGAAGGCAAGAUUCCUAAAGAAAGGAGGAAAUACUUACACGAGUCUCGCCACCGUCACGCUAUGCAGCGCAAGCGAGGAGACGGAGGUCGAUUCUUUUCUCCUAAAGAAACAGAGGAAGUGGCUUUGGCCCUAUCACAACAGCACGACGAUGUAGCCCAGACAGGACCGGAUGAAACGGUGGCUCAGAUGAUCCGAGUCUCGUAGCACUGCCGCCAACACUGUGACUUAAAUCUGAACUCUACCCUGACUGAGACUCUUGAUGCCAGCUAACCAUCUGACAAACUCAUAUGGUCUGCAGUCCUUUCUGCCUCAGUAGACCCAGCAGUACUUUAAGUGUUUUUUGUUUUUUUCCGCGUCAUUGGUCUUCCAGGGAUCUGGCUGAGUUGUUGCCGAACCAGUCUACUCCCCUGGUCUUCUUCUUUUAAAGAGAGGAUAUUAUCAAGCUAAAUUUAUCUGGUUGAAUGCAAAAAAAAUCCAAAAAACUGCAGUGCUUUUUUUCUUUGAAGAUUUGUUUGGACUUGAAUAAAACUUGGAUUUGAUGGCAACCAGUAACACAGAGGCAACGCUGCUCAUGAAGCUAUACUCUGUAUAUUAGAAACAUGAACUGUUUUCUUAAAAUACUAUUCGUAAACGAUACCAGUUAAUUUUUUGUCUGAAGCAUUUGAUGGUUUACAUUUCAUUGCUGUUCUGUGUGAUUCAAAAGUUUCCCUUCAUAUGAAAAUGUAAUUAUUUAAACCCUUGUACUUUGCGAACUUAUAUGAAUCCCAUCUUCGAUCCACUGAGCAAAAACAUUGGUUAUUUGGAGAUCUUGUACAAAACGUUUUCUUCCCCGGUGUAUGUGGACAUGUGCCAGCUCUGUUAAAGCAUUUUACACUGUUUAUACAUACUUAAUGUUUUUGCCUAAAAAUGAGUUGUGUUGAAUCGCAUUACAUACUAUAGUUGUGUACAGUAGAUGAUUUUCAUCAUUAAGUCAUCAUAGGUGUUUGUCUACAUCGUAGGUAAUUAGAUUUUUUUUAAGCCGUCAGAUGCAGUUAAUGUUAUUUUUAUAAGUGGGUUGAAGUUGUUUUCAUGAAA